AUGACUCCAAGCUUGAACAAACCCUCACCUUCAUCCAUCACAAAGCAUGUCAAUGGGUUCAACCCUUCCCCCUUCACCCUCUCCAACUCAACCCUAAAAGUAAAUGGCCACGUCAUCCUCUCCCAAGUGCCGGAAAACAUAACCCUCACACCAUGCACCUACGACAAUCACACCACAGGUUGUUUCCUAGGUUUCCACGCUUCCUCUCCCCAACCACGCCACGUGGUACCCUUGGGGCAACUCAAAAACAUCAACUUCUCCUCCAUCUUCCGCUUCAAGGUGUGGUGGACCACUCUCUGGACCGGUUCCAACGGUCGUGACCUCGAAACCGAAACUCAAUUUCUCAUGCUCCAAUCCAAUCCUCACCGUCCUUAUGUUCUCUUUCUCCCCAUCAUCGAAGGUCCAUUUCGCGCGUCGCUCCAACCUGGUUCAGACGACAAUGUUUCGGUGUGCGUGGAGAGUGGGUCGAGUAAAGUGACAGGAUCGUCGUACGAGAGUGUGGUGUACGUGCACGCAGGGGAUAACCCGUUCACGUUGGUGAAGGAAGCGACGCGCGUGGUGAGAGCGCACUUGGGAAGCUUCAAUGUUCUGGAAGAGAAGACUGUUCCAGAAAUCGUGAACAAGUUCGGUUGGUGCACGUGGGACGCGUUUUACUUGACGGUGCACCCUGAUGGCGUCAGAAAGGGCAUCAAGGGGCUCGUUGACGGCGGUUGUCCUCCGGGGUUCGUCUUGAUCGACGAUGGCUGGCAGUGCAUCAGCCAUGACGCCGAUCCCGAGAAGGAGGGCAUGAAUCAGACCGUCGCCGGAGAACAGAUGCCCUGCAGGUUGAUCAGUUACGAGGAGAAUUACAAGUUUAGGGAUUACAAGAACGGGGAAGGGUUGGGGGGAUUUGUGAGGGAAUUGAAGGAGGCGUUUGAGACGGUGGAGUAUGUGUACGUGUGGCACGCGCUCUGCGGCUAUUGGGGAGGAAUCAGGCCCGGGGUGGCGGGGAUGGCGGAGGCGGUGGUGGAGAGGCCGUUGCUGUCGGAGGGGUUGAAGAUGACGAUGGAGGAUCUCGCCGUGGAUAAGUUAGUGGAGAACGGAGUAGGGGUGGUGCCGCCGGAGACGGUGGCGGAAAUGUACGAGGGGCUUCACGCGCACCUUGAGCGUGCGGGGAUUGAUGGGGUCAAAGUCGAUGUCAUCCAUUUACUAGAAAUGGUGUGUGAGAGAUAUGGAGGACGAGUGGAUAUGGCGAAAGCAUACUUCAAAGCUCUCACAGCUUCAGUGAGAAAACAUUUCAAAGGCAACGGCGUGAUUGCCAGCAUGGAGCAUUGCAACGAUUUCAUGUUGCUGGGAACUGAAGCAAUAUCCCUUGGUCGUGUUGGGGAUGAUUUCUGGUGCACUGAUCCUUAUGGUGAUCCAAACGGUACAUAUUGGCUACAAGGAUGUCACAUGGUUCAUUGUGCUUACAACAGUUUGUGGAUGGGGAACUUCAUCCACCCAGAUUGGGACAUGUUCCAAUCUACUCACCCUUGUGCUGCAUUUCAUGCAGCUUCAAGAGCCAUAUCUGGUGGCCCCAUUUACAUCAGUGACACAGUUGGCAACCAUAACUUUGAGCUGCUCAAGACCCUAGUCUUGCCUGAUGGAUCCAUUCUCAGAUGUGAGCACUAUGCUCUCCCAACCAGAGACUGUCUCUUUUCUGACCCUCUCCAUGAUGGCAAAACAAUGCUCAAGAUAUGGAACCUCAACAAGUACACUGGAGUUCUUGGAGUGUUCAACUGUCAGGGAGGAGGCUGGUUCCGCGAAAUUAGGUCCAACAAAUGUGCUGCUCAGUUUUCUCACAAGGUAUCAACCAAGACCAAUCCAAAAGACAUUGAGUGGGACAGUGGAAAGAACCCAAUUUCCAUUGAAGGAGUGGAACUCUUCGCCUUGUAUUUCAGCCAAGCCAAGAAACUAGUCCUCUCAGCACCUUCUGACAGUGAAGAGAUUUCCUUGGAGCCAUUCAAUUUUGAGCUUAUAACAGUUUCUCCUGUGACUGUGCUGUCUGGCAAGUCAGUGAAGUUUGCUUGUAUUGGUUUGGUGAAUAUGCUAAACUCUGGUGGAACAGUUCAGUCCUUGUCUUUUGAUGAGGCUCAAAAUUUGGUGGAAGUUGGAGUAAGAGGCACUGGUGAGAUGAGGGUCUAUGCUUCUGAGAGACCAAACACUUGUAGAAUUGAUGGGGAAGAAGUUGAUUUUGAAUAUGAAGGGUCCAUGGUCAAAAUUGAAGUACCAUGGCCUUCUUCAAGAUUGUCCAGUGUUCAGUAUGUGUUCUGA